CCGAUCCCAUCCUUCCAUAAAAAGUCCACUCCUCCCUCCUCGGACCCCAAUUAGCGGUCGGGCUUCUUCUGAUCAUCGUUUGUUGCUUUCUCUGGAGCGAGCGAGGGUGAGAGAGAAAUAGAGAAGGAAUCAAUGGCGACGGCGGCGAAGGGGGUGGUGCUGCUGGACUUCUGGGUGAGUCCGUUCGGGCAGCGGUGCCGGAUCGCGUUGGCGGAGAAGGGGGUGGAGUACGAGUACAAGGAGGAGAAUCUAUGGGACAAGAGCCCGCUGCUGUUGAAGGCGAACCCCGUCCACAAGAAGAUCCCUGUGCUCAUCCACGAAGGCAACCCCAUCUGCGAAUCCCUCGUCAUCGUCCAAUACAUCGACGAGGUCUGGUCCAACAACCCCCUCCUCCCCUCCGACCCCUAUGAGCGGGCCCAAGCACGCUUCUGGGCCGACUUCGUCGACAAGAAGAUCUACGAAUGUGGGACGAGGCUGUGGAAGCUCAAGGGGGAGGCCCAGGAGGAGGCCAGGAAGGACAUGAUCGAGAUCUUGAAGCUUUUGGAGGGUGAACUCGGAGACAAGAAGUACUUUGGAGGAGAGACCUUCGGCUUUGUGGAUGUAGCGUUCGUGCCCUUCUCGGCCUGGUUCUACUCCUACGAGACGUGCGGCAACUUUAGCGUUGAGAAGGAAUGCCCGAAGCUGGUGGCGUGGGCCAAGAGGUGCAUGGAGAGGGAGAGUGUCUCCAAGUCCCUUCAUGAUCCCCACAAGGUCCAUGAGUUCGUCGGCCACCUCAAGAAGAUGUAUGGAGUGGAGUAGAGGAAAGAAGCGUGGUAUAUGGAUCCAUGGAUUAAGUAGGGAUGUUUUCAAAGUUUAUCGUAUUUGCUUUUGCGUUAGAAGGGAAGUUUAUUGUGCUUGCUUUGCGUUACAAGGGCAUGAAAUGGUUCUAGUGUGCUCUUUUGCUUCUGAAUAAAAGAAUCUCAAUUUGAGUGUCCUAUUUUCCAUUGAA